GAGGAUGCAAGUGAAGAUUCUGAAAGCAUGGGUUAGAAAAAGGAGGCAGAUGAAUGGAGUUGUACCUUGGGUAGGCCGUGAAAGGUGCUGCACAUGGACAUCAUCGUCCAUUCCAAGGGAUGUCCCAAAGGGUCAUCUUGUAGUCUAUGUAGGUGAAAACCACAGGAGGUUUGUCAUCAAUGUCAAGUUACUAAAACACCCUUUGUUCAACGCGUUGCUGGAUCAAGCUCGAGAAGAAUACGACUUCACUGCUGAUUCCAGACUCUAUAUUCCCUGUGACGAGGAGGCCUUCCUCAGCGUGCUUCAUUGUGCUGCGCUCCCACAGGAUCGAAGAAUCACUUUCUGCCUUUGAAUUUAGAGGGGUUAACUCGAUUCCCAUUCAGUCAAACAG